AUGUUUGGCAGCUCCGACAAGGAUAGUAGUGAGUCUGGCAUCAGCGACGCAUCCAAGCCCGCGGCUGCCCCUCCGUCCGACAGCAACCCCGCUACUUCUGUAGCCAACACGACCGCGACAGCGACGACAGGCAAUGGCGCUGCUGCCACGGACCGCAAACUCAGCGACAGCGGUGUUGCGCCCGGCAGCGAGAAGAAGCGGCGGAGUAGCGGCGUGUCGCGUGCGCGAGACAUGUUCUCGAGCGCAAAGCAGUCGCUGCACCUGAGCGGCUCGCCCACCUCAACGUCUUCGGGUGGCCUGUUGGACAAGAACACUGUGCAGACGCCUAUGCAGAAGCUGGGCAAGUCAGAUGCAGCCCUCAGCGUACCUCAGGGUGCGCUCAACAAUUCGGCGGGCGAGUCUGCCCCCGGCCCCAGGUCGACGUUUCGCGUGGGAGUCACAGAGGAUAAGAACAAAAAGUGCAGACGGACCAUGGAGGACACGCAUGCCUAUCUAUACAACUUCCUGAGCACGCCCGCGCCCUCGUACGGUGCGGACAAGACGACCUCGGGCUCAGACGCUGGCUCUACCCGGUCCGAUCCCUCGUCGCAAGCGGUCGUCGAGACGGAUAACGGCUAUUUCGCCAUCUUCGACGGGCACGCCGGCACUUUUGCUGCGGACUGGUGUGGCAAGAAACUUCACUUGAUCCUCGAAGACACGAUCCGCAAGAAUCCAAACACGCCGAUCCCUGAACUGCUGGACCAGACCUUUACCGUAGUCGACCAGCAGCUCGAGAAGCUUCCUCUCAAGAACAGUGGCUGCACCGCGGUGAUUGCCGUCUUGAGGUGGGAGGACCGAGUUCCCAAUUCGCAGUCGUCUACGGGCUCGGUUCUCUUUGCGCCUGCUGCCGUCUCGGCUGUCAAGCACGCCGGCGAGGGCGGAGAGGUCAAGGCAGAUGCGCCCGAUGCCAGCCCAGCAGGCGAGCAGCAAGUCGAGGCGAAGCUGCGGAACGAGGCCAGUCGGCAAAGAGUGCUCUAUACAGCCAACGUUGGCGACGCGCGCAUUGUACUUUGUCGAAAUGGCCGAGCACUCCGUCUGUCAUACGAUCACAAGGGCAGCGACGAGAACGAGGGCAGACGUGUUGCCAGCGCCGGCGGCCUGAUCCUCAACAACCGCGUCAACGGCGUACUUGCUGUAACUCGCGCACUGGGGGAUGCCUAUAUGAAGGAUCUGGUCACUGGUCACCCAUACACCACCGAGACGGUAAUCCAGGCCGAUCAGGAUGAGUUUCUUAUCUUGGCAUGCGACGGUCUUUGGGAUGUCUGCUCCGAUCAAGAAGCCGUCGACCUCAUCCGUGGUGUCCAGGACCCUCAGGAAGCCUCCAAGAAGCUGGUCGACUACGCCCUGGCACGCUUCUCAACGGAUAACCUUUCCUGUAUGGUCGUCCGCUUUGACAACAAGGCGCUCCGCCAACGCAAGAACGAGGCGGCAAUGGGUGUCGAUGGCGACCAGGCUACCAUCAAGGGUGGCAUCACUGAAGCAGAUGCCAUUGUCGCGCAAGCACAGAAGACGAUUGGUGAGCCCGAACAGUCAAUAGAGACGGCGACCAAGGAGAUUAUGAUGGAGGAAGCACAGAAAGAGCCGGGACCAGAGCUCAACAUUGAGGCUGCCAAAGCGGCUCAAAAGAACAAUGGUUAG